CCCUCACACGCCCCACAGCGACUCCCUGUCCUCUCCCUCAACCUCGGCCUCAACUUCAAGAUCAAGGUGCGAAGCCAAGGGGGGCCGCGCCCUCUCACGACCCCAGGGGCCCCCAAGACUCCGGGGUCCCCCCGGACCCCCGCGCCCCCCACCCUGCCUGAACCCGGAGAUGAGCAGGGCUCCGCGACCACCCUGGAGGAAGCGGGGGGCUGGGGGGGCCCCUCUGGGCGGGGGCGUACGACCCCGCCCGAGGCGCCCCCGGGACAAGCAGCUGGAGCUGGACAUCGCCAUCGACCUGACGGCGGGGCUGGACCCCCCCGCGGGGGGGGCUGUGCGCCCCACAAGCCUCCUGAGGGGCUCCCCCGGAGCCCCCCGGUUCCUGCCCGGGCUCUCGGAGCUGGCCGGGAGGCUCAGCGCAGCCGGGUUCCUGUUUCCCACGGUGUCCCCCAAGAUCGGCCCCGAGGGGGACAACGGGUCCCUGGAGCUGGAGGAGACCGGGAGUGGCGACGAGCCAGGUGAGGGGAGGCGGAAAGGGGGGUUGGAGACUGGCCCUCCCCGGGGCCGCCAGCCCUCCUGGGGGCUGCGCCCCCGCCGCCGCCUCCGCCUGCACCCCGGAUCCGCCUGCGGCUCGGGGGGCCGGACCCUCAAACCCCUCCACGCCCCCUUCUCCUGGCCCCCCCACUUCAUCCCCCUGGAGACCCCCUGGCCCGAGGCCGCCGCGCUCUGGGGCCCGGCCUGGGAGGGCCACGUCUACGGGGCGGGGGCCGCCUUCACCUUACUGGGCUUACUGGGCGUAGUGGUUCUGCUGGGGGGGCGCCGCCCCCCCCUGGCGCGGGUGCUGGGGGGGCUCCUGGCGGUGUCGGGGUUCGCCCGCGCCUUCCCCCUGUUCUUCGACCCCUACGAGCUCGGGGGUCGCGUGGCCGAGAUCGUCAUGGGCGCGGCGCUGGCGGCGUUGGCUCUCGUGGCCCCCCCGAAACGCCGCGGCACCUCCAGAGACCCUCCCGAGCCGUCCGAGGGCGGCGGGCGGGGAGGGGAGGAGGCAGGGGGACCCCCCGAGUCCCCCUUCGAGUGUGACGGGGACCCCACGGCCGGGUACCGACCCCCCUCCCCCAUCGACCUGCGCCGCUCCAUCGACGAGGCCUUGGGAGCGCCGGGAAUGUUCCGCAUCGGGAACGGCGGGAUCGGGGGCACUGGGAGCACUGGGAAUACCGGCAGCAGCGUUAUUCGGAGCACUGGGAACGCUGGGAAGGCCAAGAACAACGGAAUCAGCAUCCUCGGUGGCUCUGGGAAAACCGGGAGCAAUGGGAGCACCGGGAUCAGCGUCAUCAGCACCACCGGGAACACUGGGAACACCGGGAACACCGGGAACAGCGGCACCAGCACAACGGCGUUACCGGGGGUCGGCACAACCCAGGGCACGGGCACUACGGGUGUGACUGGGAGCGGCAAGGCCGGAACGCCGGGAACCACCACGCUGGAACGCCGGGAACCACCGCCGCUGGAAUACCGGGAACCACCACAGCUGGAAUACCGGGAACAACCACCGCUGGAACUGCCGGGGCUGGUGGCGCCGGCACGGAGGGGGGUGGUACAGCAAGCACAGCCGGCACACCUAGCACAGGUAGCACACCUGGCGCAGCUGGCACAGCCGGUACACCUGGCACAACCAGCCCACCUAGCACAGCUGCUACACCUGGCACAGCUGGCACAGCUGGCACAGCCGGCACAGCCAGUGGGACGGAGCUCAGCCUCCCCGGCCCUCCUGGCACAACUGGGGGCAGCGGAACAGGAACACCAGGAACUGGCACCGCCGGCACACCUGGGACACCUGGGACACAGGUACCAGGCACCACGAGCACCACCAGCACAGCUGGCACAGCUGGAACACAGGGUCCUGGCACUCCGGGCACAGCAGAUCCCAGCACAGCUGGCACAGCCAGCACACAAGGUCCCACCAAACCUGUCAUACCUGGCGCCGCUGGCACACCUGGAACGCAGGGUCCUGGCACCCCUGGCACAGCAGAUCCCGGCACAGCUCGCACAGCUGGCACAGCCGGCACAGCUCGCACAGCCGGCACACAGGGUCCUGGCACUGCUGGGACACGGAGGCCGAGCACCCCUGGAAUGGCAGAUCCCGGCACAGCUGGCACAGCUGGCACAGCCGGCACAGCUGGCACAGCCGGCACACGCGGGCCUGGCACGCGGGGUCCCCCCACCGCCCCCCGCCCCUCUGGUCUGUCCCGCACCGCCUCUUUGGGGGGCCCUUCCGCGGGGUCCCCGGGGGCGCGGGGAGGGCCCCGGGGAGGGGGCCCGGGGGCCGGGGACGCCCUCCCCGGGGACUGGCCCGGGGGCCGACCUCAGCACCCCCGGCGGGGAUCCCCGGGGCAGCGCCCCCGCUGCGACCCUCCCAGAGCUGGGCCGAGGGGACCCCCGGCCCCCUACCCCCCAGGCCCACGGUGGGGGGGUCCCCGGGCCCCCCGGGGACAGCGACAGCCGCAGCCCGGGCAGUGACACCAUAGACUUGUAG